GCACAACAGCGCCCUCCCAGGUCAGCAAUGCCGUGAGCGGCGCUCGAAACAGCCCCUCAGCUACAGUGCGCGCGCUUGCGAGGCGCAGACGGAGACGCGCACAGCGCCACUAAGCUGAGGCACCGCGACCGAGCGCACAGACCCCGCCGCUGAAAAAAAAGCCCAGAACAUCCAGCCGCGGACCCCUGUACAACUUCCCCGCAAACACCGAGACCGGAAAGAUGGGAGGCAAGCUAAGCAAAAAGAAGAAGGGCUACAAUGUGAACGACGAGAAGGCUAAGGACAAGGACGCCAAGGCGGAGGGGGCUUCGGCCGAGGAGGGCGAGGCCCAGAAGGAGAGCAAGGAGGAGGCACCGGCAGCGGCCGGGGGAGCGGAGGCGGCGUCCGGCGAAAAGACUGAGAAGGAGGCGCAGCCAGCCGGCGAGCAGACGGCGGCUAAGGAGGACGACAAGGGUGCAGCCGCCAAGGAGGCCAAGGAGCCUGAGAAAGGAACGGCCAACGCCAAGCCCAAGGCCGAGGCAGCCAAGAGCGAGGAGCCUGCCGCUGCCGCCCCAGCUAAGGAGGCCGCUCCGGAGGUGAAGGCCGAGGCCCCGGCGCCCCCGGUGGCCGAGAGCAAGCCGGACAGCAAGAACGAGGCCGACGCCAAAAAGACUGAGGCCCCUGCGCCGCCGGCAGCUAAAACCGAGGCGGCCGCUGCCCCCCCAGAGCCCAAGCCCACGGAAGCGGCGGCCCCUGCCCCCGCCAAGGAAGCCCCGGCGAAAGAGGCGGCCCCUAGCUCUACAACGGCCGGCCCCGAGAGCGCGGCUCCGCCCAAAGAGCCUAACGCCACAGAAGCUCCCGUUCCCAACAAGGAUCAAACCGUAGCAGUUCAGGAUUAAUGGACAGCUUCUUUUAAAACAGAAUCAACGACAAAAAAAACGAAAGAAUAAAAUCAAAUUGAAUUGCCCAUCCACAUUAUUAUUAUUAUUAAUAUUAUUUUUCUGCUGUAGUAUUUGGACUUUGAUACAGGUCUGUUUUACCUGCCCGCCUGCCCUUACAUCCUCAUCUUCCGCAGCCAUGGAGUUCCACCACGCCAUGCAUCCCUCCACCAGGUUGCCCCAGGACCAUAAACCAUUGUGCUUUCCUGGGCUAUCCACGCUGCAGAUGUCUUAAAGUGAACCGGAAGGGUAGAAUCUCUUUACCAGCUGGACAUGCACUCUUCCAGACCCCGCCUGGACCUUCCCCGCCCCCCCCCUCCCCCUCUUUCCCUUCUCCUCUUCCCUGCCCCCCUCCCCAAACGCAC